UCCCAAAUGGUCGAAGAAAGUGAGCGCUUAAGGACAUACACUUUUUUAUAUUUAGGGCGUAAAAAUGAAAAAAGACAGGCUGGUAAAACUCCUGUGUGAACUGGCCGAUAUUAACAAUAUUCGCGUGUCCUCUAAAAUGACAUUCAAAGGAGCUUUUGGUAGUGUUAUUGUUUCUGGCGCCGCUUUAUUCAUUGGCGGAGUACUAAUGGGUCCAGUCGGUUUGGCUGUGGGUGGUGCCGUCGGUUCAAUGGCAGUGUACGGACUAGCAAAAGGUCCAGGAAAGUUCAUGUUGGCAAGUAAAUUUAUUCUCAAUGAAAUGUCUAACAAGCAGCGCUAUAGAAUGAAGUAUAAUGUGAUGAAGGCCUUACCUGUGGUUAGUGAUACUGGCGCAGUGGAGUUAAUGCUACGAACUGAUGGAGCGAAGAGUGUUGCACUUACUGAGCUUAAGAUAUUUCUUACAAAGUCUUUGAACUUAAUAAUUAUUGAAUAAAGCGGUGUAAAACCAAAGAUGAACAUUUAAA